AUGCACCCACAGUUGGACAGAAAUAGAUUUGACACAUGCGAAGCGCUCAUGGACGCUCUCGAAGAGUGCCACAAGGCCGAGUUUCUCAAAAAGGCAAUGGGCAUGUGCAACUUUGAAAAAGAUGAGUUGACCAAAUGUAUCCAUGCUCAGAGAACAGAGGAUGCCAAGGCUAGAAUCAGAAUAAGCAGGGAGAAGCAGAAGGCAAUGCAGGAAAGGCAGAAGAAGAGAGAGGAGGAGUUGUACGGAAAGAACGGCUACUUGAAGAAAGUCAUCGAGUUGGAGGCUCAAAAGAGGCAAUAG